AUGGAGGAUCUAGAAGCCGUUCGGGACUUGGAUCCCGUGGAAGUCCAACGCCGGUUUCGGGUGAUGGAAGAAGACCGGAAAGCGUACAUAGAUUCUACUAGUAAUUCUAUUCGCCUUCAAAGGUCGAUCUUAUCACGACUAGAAGAUGAAAAGAAAACGCUGGAACUUCAAUUGGAAACAUGUAGUUCUUUGGAAGUGAAUAAAAAGAUACAUGAACAGUUGACGAAAUUGUCGAUGUUGCUGGAGCAGUACGAUGGGUACUUGGAGGCCAUCCAAAAAGCAGAAUUGCAAAUAGAGAAACUCUUACAAAACAAUGGUGUCGUGGAGUCCGAAAUACGAAAUGUUGAGGCAUCUAUUGGAGGAGAAUCAACCAACAGAAAAAAGCGGAUUGAUUUGCGAAGACGUGUUGCUGCGCUUGAAGAUCGCGUUGAACACGCGACAAGGCAGCUGAAUGGUCAACUAAGUUCGAACGGAAAGCUGAGGAAGGAAAUCGAGGAACUGAUGAGAGACAGGGAAGCGCACUGUAAAAUGACGAAACGUUUAACGGAAAAGUUCGCUAGGGGCUCCAAGCAACUACAGAAUAUCGUGAACCAGGUCUCGCAAAUUUACGACCAACGGGACGAAAUUGAGUCGCGACUGAAAACGCUGAAACAGUUGGAGACGGAAGAGGCCCAGUCUUCAGCUGCAGAAAUUCAGCAUCUUAGACGAAUCUUAACGGAGCAAACUCGACUGGAAAAGUUCCUCAUGCAAAAAUCUGCUCCCCGGAUCGCUCCGUCGCACCUGCAUCGCACGCCGUCACCGGCCGUCCCUUUCUUUGCUGCGACGGCUGUCACGACUAUGAAACACGAAGCCAGACAACAGGAUUCCACCAUUACUGACGACCAAAAGUGGGCUGCUGGUCGGCGAGUCAGUUACAGUGACCUGACAUCUUGCGGGAAGAUGUUGUACGAGCUUGUGUCUCUGGUCACGGGUUCAGAAGAAGUCUCUGCUGCCGUGGGACAAGAUCCAAUGUCCGAUGCGGAUCAUUUGGUAUCGUGGUUUGUGAAGCGAGAGGAAGAAAAUAUGGCUCUUUAUUCAGAGAGUCACCUGUACACAGAUGCAAUCGUUGAAGUGAAGCAAGAAAUCUCGGAGUUGAAAAAUCGGGGUAAUCUGGCUCAGACUGAUCGAAAGGAAGAACGUGUCGCAAUGGAGGAAAGAGUGAUGAAAGCAAAGGUUGAAACGGAAGAAAUCUGGCAGGAAUUCGAAUGCACCGAAACGUUGUUCUCUGACAUUUUGUGGAAAAUCGAGGCCCUUUUCGCCAUCGCGGAUUCCUUCGGCCUGCCACUCAUUGAACUGCUUGGUGGGCAAACGAAAGUGUCCGCGGCGAACGCCAUGGUUUAUUUGAGCGUGAUUGAAAAACGCGUCGUCGAGUUGCUUGAAGCGAAACGAAUGUUGACUGGUGCCUCACCUUCGCCUCACAUCGAACCUUCGUUCGUGGAAGAACAUAAUUUCUCUGUUGGAGGGAAAUUCAAGGAUGAUGUCGGGAAAGGGAAGUGUUUCGCCCCGGAAAUCAGGGAAGAAGAACCGUUGAUGGGUGGAAUGGAUGCCAUUAAUGAUGUGAGCAGGAGGACUUCCACUGUGUCAAUGCCACUGCCGACGAACCGUGAAGAGGUCGUUAAUUUGAUAUGUAGAUCAGUGUCACCCGCUGCGUCGGAUGUUGUCAUACCAAGAUCUCGAUCUAUGAUGUGA